AAAUUUUUACACAAGCCUCCUCCCAUCAUCGUAGUAGCUUUCCCUCAAAUUCAAGUCUUCUUCCGUUCACCUCCAAGUUUUAAGUACGUCUACAACAUAAAUUCCCACUCUCUUUUAUGCAAAUUAGGGUUUAAAUUUUUGCUAAUAUUUUCGAUUUGCAAUGGAUGUAGAAGAUGACACAAGAGAGGGCUUGGCUUCCUCCAUUAUCCUUCAAUCUUUGGAAUCCACUCAGCAGGGAGAUAAGAUUUCUGAUGAGGAUUUGGCUUGGGUUAAUUCUUGUCUGGUUACAGAUACUGAAAUUUUGGAAAGAAAUUGGUCUUCUUUCAAAGAUGUUUUGCUGGAGAUCAUUGGUGACCAACCUGAGCCACUUGACUCUUCUGCAACUGGAAGCAAUGGUUUUCUUAGUGGAACUGAAAUCAGUAUAGUUCCUGCCAUCAAGGAGGCAGAGGCUGCCAAUUACUCAGGGAGAACUGAUGAAGAUCUUCUUGUCAUUCCAGUGGAUGGAGACAAUGGAAUAAACACCAACAACAUUCCUAUCAAAAAGAGGACUGGUACCCAGCUGCAAUUUCUUCAGGAAGACUCUGCUGAAAUGUUUUGGGGAGAUCCUUUCCAACCCACCUACAAGGAGAAUGAAAGAAAGGAUAGUGCUGUUGAUUCAGGAGUUAAAUCAAGCUUAUCUGCAGAAGAGAUGAAUUCAUCAACAGCGGAUAUCUUCAGGGUAUGGGAUUUGGACAUUCCAGUAGAUGGGGACAAUGGAAUAAACACCAACAACAUUCCUAUCAAAAAGAGGACUGGUACUGAGCUGCAAUUUCUUCAGGAAGAUUCCACUGAAGUGUUUCGGGGAGAUCCUUUCCGACCCACCUACAAGGAGAAUGAAAGAAAGGAUAGUGCUGCUGAUUCAGGAGUUAAAUCAAGCUUAUCUGCAGAAGAGAUGAAUUCAUCAACAGUGGAUAUCUUCAAGGUAUGGGAUUUGGACAUUCCGGAUGAGGAAGAUGAUCUUAUUAAAGAGUUGAACGAGGUUGCUGCAGAGACAACAACUUCCUUUCCAUCAAUGCCAUUGCCUUUUGAUGAUUCAACAGCAUUGAAAGACCUGGAAGAUGAAACACUGGAUAAUUUGAUUGCGGGCAUUGCAGAUCUAUCUUUAAACGCUGAAAAGUUUUAGUUCAUUUCUAUGUCCAUAAACAUAUGUAGAUUUGUCAUAUAUUGCCUAGACUGACUAUGUUGCAACCUAUGACAUUUCCGAUGAGGUUUACAAGGGUUUUGUUGCUUUGUCAGUUUAAGAUGCCCCGUUGUUUUGGUUAGGAUUUCAAACAAGACCAGGUGGUCUCCCCCGCACCGUAACACAUGAAACUCAGUGAUUAUAUACCGGCCUUGUACUUAAAUUGUCAAAGAAGCAUUUUUCGUUAUA